CAGCGGUGUAAAGAACAUGGCACUCGUGAAGGCGGAAGUGUUACAGUUUAGUCCUCCCUGGAUUGUGUGACUGCCCCCUACAGACGGGAGGAGUGAGUGAACUUCACCAUGAACAACAAAGACAGCACUACAGAGUCUGAGAGCAGUGGUCAGAUGAAAGUGUUUUUGCCCAAUAAACUGUUGGAGUGUUUACCGCGCACAACCACGUUACCCAAAGAGAGACUGCGCUGGAACACUAAUGAGGAAAUUGCCUCCUUUCUAAUAUCAUUUGACAGACAUGAGGAGUGGCUGUCCUGCACUCUUAAGACCAGGCCACAGAACGGUUCAAUUAUCCUGUACAAUCGCAAGAAAGUAAAAUACCGUAAAGAUGGAUACUGCUGGAAGAAACGAAAAGACGGAAAGACGACAAGAGAGGAUCACAUGAAGCUGAAGGUGCAGGGCAUGGAGUGUCUUUACGGUUGUUAUGUUCAUUCCUCCAUCGUCCCCACAUUCCACAGGAGAUGCUACUGGCUCCUGCAGAAUCCAGACAUAGUUCUGGUGCACUACCUGAAUGUGCCCUCACUAGAGGACAGUGGGAAGUCAUGUGGCCCGCUGUCGUGUGCACGGACCGACCGCCGCGACAGCCUACGCUGGAGCCGAGACGAACUGGUCUCACAACUCAAACCCAUGUUUCACAGUAUAAAGUGGUCUUGUGGAGGGAAUGGUUCAGUGGAACUCUCAGUGGAGCAGAUGGUACAACAGAUCCUAGAAACCCAACAGACCAAACCACAACCACGAACACACACCUGCCUAUGCGCAUCUCCCGGCUCCAACAUUCCUCACCGCUGCAACAGCACAAAACAUCGCAUCAUCUCCCCCAAACUGCCCACCUGCGCCACCACUUACCCCGCCCACACCGAGCUGCAGAAUCUGGCCAGUGACGGCUCAGGAGCGGAGGUCAGCCGAGAGGCGGGACCAGGCGAUGCGUUAGUCGCUGUUGUGCCUUCAGAGAGGAAGCAGUCACCUGGUAAGCCAGAAGACUCGGGGCGAGCCAUUAGUGAGGAAACAGGGGGUGUGGCUUCACCAUGCUCCGCUUCUUCAUCCUCCUCUUCGAGUCCACCGCUAAUCCAACGGGAAGCAACCAUCGCAGUUAGUAAUGGAAACAGGUUCUAUGGUGACCAGCGGAGUGGACUUGCUACCGUGGCCCUGCCGCAGAAUGCUGUCAUCGUCAUGACGACAGCUGCACCAGUGGGGCGUGGCAGCGAGGAGUUGAAGAGCGAGCUGGGCUCCACCCGAUUGUCGCUCACCCCUGCCGGCGGGCGGCUUGUCUUGUCUCCGGUAAUGCCCAAACAUGAUAUGCCCUGUCCUCCAAGCACUGUCUCGCCACCAAGCCCCACCCCGGCCAAUCAGGGUGUGGCCACGCUGUCACUCACUUUAAUGCCCAGCCCUGUGAUUGGAGGACUGCUCCUUGCUGAGCGCAUUAUUCCGGAAGCUCCCGGGACACUCCUGCACCCGGUGUCCCCAUCACCCUCACUGCUCCCAUUUGACCCUGACUCUUUCCUCAACAGCCCUAAACAGGGGCAGACUUACGGAGGCCCCACCCUCCUGCCCCACAGCUCUGCCCACUCUUUUUCUAGCUCCUCUCCAUCCCCACCCCCCUCCAUGUCUCCUCAGCCCCCGUUUCUCUCCCAGUCUCUUUCGCCCACUUCGCCGCCAUCGUCUCUGUUUUCUUUCUCUUCUGAGACGGAGAGGAAGAUCAACCCGGGUCAUCCGGCCUCCAGCCCCGCCUCUCUGUCUUCUUCCCUCUCUCUUUCGCUCUCUCCAACUCGCUCUACUCCCGCACUGCCUCCUUUGUGUCUGGAGUCGUCUUUAGGUCUUGAUUCGAUGACACCACCACUGAGUCCCACCCUUGGUAUGCAGGAGUCCUCCGAAGCUCCUCCUACUGGAUUUGACAAUCACUCCAAUCAGCACUCACCUUCCCAACACGUGGACAACCAGUUAGCAUCCACCAAUCAACUCCCAAUGACCCAAAUAACACAAAGUCAACAAUCCCUUGAAGUCCUACCGACCAAUCAGUUGCCUCUUGAAGCAGAGAAGGCAGAUCUUAGACAGCAGCCACUUCAGGUGCCAUCUUGUCUCCUGGCAACCCACUCAACGUGCAUUCAACAGCAAUAUUUGACCCCUCCUCCAGCCACGCCCACAAGUGGAAAGGUGAGUCCCAUACAAGUGAAGGAGGAACAAUCCCCGCCCACUCAGGGGCCGUUUGAAUCAGAUGUGACUCCUAUGGAUACCACCCACAGUUCUGACUCAACUCACAAUGAGGAGGCGGGACUCACGUUUGACUCCACCUUCCCUGACUUCAUAUCUAAGCUGAUUACUGAUGAGACCAUGAACCACACCUCCACCCCAGCCCCACCCGUUUACCCCGUCAGGUACAUGGUUCCACCUCAGCCGACACCGUCUACCUCGUUCCUGCCCUUCCCUCUCCUUACAAACACCCACUCACUAGCGGCCAGUGGCUCACCUGAGGACGGCCAACGUUUGGCCAACAUCACAGACUUCUCACCUGAGUGGUCAUACCCAGAGGGUGGAGUGAAGUUGUUGAUCACAGGUCCGUGGUCUGAAACAGAUGGCCGAUAUGCAUGUGUGUUUGAUCAGAGUCGAGUACCUGCUUCUCUCAUUCAGCCAGGUGUGCUGCGCUGCUACUGUCCAGCUCAUGAAGCUGGACUUGUCACUCUUCACGUGUUGAAGGAUUGUAGUGCCGUCUCCACUUCUGUGCUGUUUGAGUAUCGUGCCCGCAAUGCGUCAUCCUUACCGAGCUCUCAGCUGGACUGGUUAUCACUGGAUGAUAAUCAGUUCAGGAUGUCGAUUCUGGAGCGGUUGGAGCAGAUGGAGCGCAGGAUGACAGAAAUGACCAACAACAAUCAACAACAUCAACAACAACAGUAUCAUCAUCAUCAUCAGAGCCAUCAGAGUCAUGCACCUCGAUUAACACCUGAGAACCAAUCGGGACUGUGGUUCGAGCGGAGAAUCGUGGCAGUGUGUGAGCAGAUGAUGUUGAGCGGUCGAUGGGUUCGAGACCCUGAGACAGACAGACUCACACACUCCGUCAGACACAGAGGAAUGACACUACUGCACCUCGCUGCUGCACAGGGAUACACACAACUCAUAGACACACUCAUACACUGGAGGAGCAUCAGCGUGAAUAGUUUAGAUCUGGAACAGGAAGUGGAUCCUCUGAAUGUUGAUCAUUUCUCCUGCACACCACUGAUGUGGGCGUGUGCUCUGGGUCAUCAGGCGGCUGCAGUGUUGUUGUACAGAUGGAGUAGUGCCGCUCUUGGUAUUCCUGAUUCUCUCGGUCGACUGCCGCUGGCCGUGGCACAUUCACGCGGACACACACGCCUGGCACGCUGUCUGGAGGAGUUACACACACACUCUCAGACACAACAACACACACAAGACACAUCUUCACCUCCGUACAGACCCCUCUCACCACUGUCCAGCAGCCCGGACACAGGUUUGAGUUCGUCCAGUAGCAUCCCCUCCCCCAGUGACCCGCCCUCACCCUCCCCUAGCUCCGCCUACUCCAGCGGGUCGGUUCCUGAUCCCAUGGACUCAGCCUCUUCCCCCUCCUCCCCCCUCUCUGUCCCUCCCCCCGCCGAUUCGACCGACUUGCUCUUCCUGAUGGAUUACGAGGCUGCGAGCCCCCCAUCGCCACCCCCCACGCACACGGACACGCUCUCUCUGCACUCUGAACUCGCCGACGAGCUGCUCAACUACAGCGAGAACGCAGAGAACGAAGAUUACCUGUCUGCUGAAGUCUUACAGGUCGACAUGGCAACACUUGCUGAGGAGAUCAUCGAGGCCACGCCUGAGCGAAUCAAACAGGAGGAGUUUAACCGGGAGGCGGAGGCACCGCUCCGAGAGAGGCGGGACAAUCCUGCCAUUCAUGACACCAUGCCCUGGCUCGCAACAUACCUCGACACGGUCGACAGGAGCCUGUGUCCCACCCCUCCCUGCCCCCUCAGUGAUUUGGCACUGCAGAGGCUCUGCCCUCCGAGUAGUGCAGCGUGGGCGGAGUUCCUGAAUGCAUCAGCCAAUGGGAGGAUGGAGAGAGAUUUCGCACUGCUGACGCUCACAGACACCGAACAGAGAGAGCUGUAUGAAGCCGCACGCGUUAUUCAGAAUGCAUUCCGCAGAUACAAGGGGCGGAGACUAAAGGAGCAGCAGGACAUGGCAGCCGCCGUUAUACAGCGCUGUUACCGCAAAUAUAAGCAGCUAACAUGGAUAGCAUUGAAGUACGCGUUAUAUAAGAAGAUGACGCAAGCAGCCAUACUGAUUCAGAGUAAGUUUCGCAGUUAUUACGAGCAGAAGAAGUUCCAGCAGUCGCGGCGAGCGGCCGUGCUCAUCCAGCAGUACUACCGCAGCUAUAAAGAGUACGAGCGAGUGAAACAGGGACCGCGCGGCCCCGGGACCCUCAACACCAAGAUCAAAGGGUCGUUCCUGACGAAAAAACAGGAUCAAGCAGCGCGGAAGAUCAUGCGUUUUCUCAGACGCUGCAGACACAGGAUUAAGGAGCUCAAACAGAGUAAAGAACUGGAGCGGAGAGGACUGACCACCUGAAUACACACACACACACACACACACACUUUCAGUCAUGUUUACAGUCAUCUACUUAAUAGCACUAUUCAGACGGUAAUUGUUUCACACAGGGACGUGAGGUAAUUCCAGAAUUUGCAGGGGCUAGUCAGUGAUUUUAUUGCCGUCUGAAUCGAAAAUGUCGUGAGUAAACUCCCGGCAGAGUUACCUACUGUUUCUUUUGAAAACACCAAGGUUGUGUGGUAAUUUAGGGUGCUUUCACACUAGAACUUUUGGUGUGCACCCGGGUUCGUUUGACGUCAUAGUUUGGUUCGUUUGGAUGAUGUGAACGCCAGACAAACACUCUCAUUCUCUAUGUCAUUGCACAUUCAGUGCAUCCGUUGCAGACAAACACAAGUGUCGUUCUGUGCAUGUGUAAAUCCAAAGAAACGAAUCAUUCAGUAACACAGUGAAGCUAUUGUCUUAUUGAGUUGUUACAUAGUUACAGUGGUAAACAGCUGCCGCUUGUACUCACGUUGCUAUGUAAACGGACCGUGGUUCGGACCCGAAUAAUAUGAUGCGAACAGAGACCAGCGGGAGGAAACGAACUCCGGUUCGGACCAAGCAAUCGAACCAACACCCUUAACCCUUUAAGCUCUGAAUGUGUUUUUAAAGAUUUCCUGUUUCAGUGGCAUACCCAAAAUUAAAGAGUCAAGUGUUUGUAUCAUCGUAAAGAAAACUUUUCAGAUUUUUGAAUUAUAUAGAUUAUGAUACAUUCUGAGACUCUCAGGCAAGAAACUGCUGAAAAAUAUCACAAAUAAUUGAGCCAAAAAUGUACUUUUUUUCUUAUUUGACUGAUUUUAAAUGAAAUCUCAGGAUGUAAAUAAGGUGUCUCGGAAAAACUGCUUUUGUUUUGUUCCCAAUCAUGUCAACUGUAUCUGAGAAAAAUGUUGUGUUGAUAUGACAAAGCAAUCAAAAGUUAUAACAUUACAAAAAUAAUUUAUCAUAGUGUCCAAAAACAUCUCCAAACAAAUAAAACAUAAUAAUUGUACAUAAGAACUAAUUACACAUGCAAACACAACAAUGACUAAAGGUUUGUAUAGCAUGCAGACAUGAUUUUAGUAAUGAGAUUUCACAGAAUGAGUUUCAUUCUGUGUCAUUUGAGUCAUCAUUGAGUCUGUGUCAUGUAUUUGGCGCCAUCUCCUGGUGGUCAUAUGUAACAUUGUGCUUCAUGUGGAUUAUCUAAUGAUCUAUACAUCUGAUUAUCUUGUGUGUGGACUCGUUUGAAAGAUAAUCACCUCCUCUAAGUAAUGAUAUGUGAUAUUUAUAAGCAGAAACGCGGCAUAUAAGCAACACCAACAUAAUUGUUAAAGACAUAUACUUAACUAUUACUCACUAUAUUUUUGUCUGUGAGUAAAACAAAUAGGCUGGUUGUAUUUUACUCUUUGAGAGCUUUCCAACAACAUAUGACACAUGACUAUUUGAUGAGUUUGAUGUUUUUACUGAUUGCAAUAAUAUGCGAAUUUCUUUAUAAAUGAUCAAAACGUAACACUUCUGAUUUAUCUGCAUAUUUUAAAGCACUUGUUCAGUUUUGGUCAUAAUGUCUACAUGCAUUGUAAAGUAGAGCUUCUAAACUUUCAAACGAUACCGAUUUUGUGUUGGUCAAGACUGUAGUUGUUAAUAUUUUGACGAUUAUAUUUUUUCCUCACAAUAUUAAUAUCCAUCCAAAUUUACAUCUCUAAGUUUAAAAGCAGGAGUCGAUCCAAUCCAAUAUGAGCUCUGCCAAGUGCCGUACGGUUACUAAUUGACUGGAUGCACGGUAAUGUGCAUGUGUAUGUUUAAUACAAUGGAGGCUUGUAUCACAGAAAUGUUGAAAAUUAUUCACAUAAGUUACUUUGGUGCUUCACUACGUACCUAACUUUUACUAACUAACCCACCUUUUUCUAUCACCAUAUAGAACAAGCGGAACUGAAAUCGUGAUCCACGAUGCCUUGACUAGUGGCAGAACUAAUCGACUAGUCAACUAGACGCAAAUGUUAUUUUACAGACGUCACCCUGAGAAACAAUUACCGUCCACAAACACACCUGCCAUUGCUUGGUUUCACACUCUUUUUCUAAACUACUGCAGAAUUUGGUUGUUUCUGAAGGUAAAUAUAUUGACAGAAAGGAGAGAUGGUUGUUUUUCAUUGGUUGAUUUUUUUUAAUUUUUUUUUACAGUUGUUGCUGCAACACAAAAGUUCAAGUUCAGCUUUACUGAAUGUUUUAAUGUAUAAUGGACCUCUAUGUAAAUGUAAACAGUAUAUAUACUCACAUAUAUUAUAAAGAGUAAAUCGUGUUGAUAUUAAUUUAUUUAUAGAUCUGAACUCUUGGAGAUACAUUUUAUAAUGUUUAACCUCAAAGGAAGUCGACUGCUAGUCUUAUUGCUCUUGAAACAGCAAAGAAAGGAAGACGCUGAGGUUGUGUUGGCAUCCAAAGUCUUAAAUUGUGGUUUACCAUGGUAACAGUCAGGAUAGAAAUGUAAAUGUUGCCAAGUGGUAAAGACCACAACACUCUCACAUGACAAAUCAUGUAAACCUUAAGAAACUGUUCAGACCCCAAACUUGACAACGGUUUGUAUUAAAGAAAUUACAAUAUAUGUCACAGUUAAGCAUAUCUUGCACAGAAUUUAAAGGAAUGUUCCGGGUUCAUUAUCUAUCGAUAAUACACCGUGAAAAAAAAUAAUUCUGUAGGUGAAAACAUUUGUUUAGGUUUAUUAGUGCCUUCCUGUGCCUAUCCUACAAAAAUAAAUAAAAUAAAAUAAAUAAAUAAUCUAAAAAAAAAAAAAAAUGUUCUGUCCAAAAAAAAAAAUCUUUUUUUUUUUUUUUCUCAAGAGGUAACACUUUUUUAUUUUUUUUAUUUUUUUUUGAGUAAAAAAAAAAAAAGAAAAUUAGAGAAAAAUAAAUAUUUUUAUAUAUGUUUAUUUUAUUUAUUUAUUUAUUUUUUUGUAGGAUAUAGGCUCAGAAAGGCACUAAAACGGCUAAAAAAAAAAAAUUUAAAUAGUUUUUCACAGUGUGGUUCGGGGCUGUCGUACCGAUUUCAUUUCUGUCUAUAAAAAUUUUUCGCCAUUUUGAACUUUCUGAAAAACCUACUUUUUUUUUAACUAGAUUCGCACAAAGUUUGGCAUAUUUCAUCAUGGGACACUCCUGACAAAAAGUUGUUCGAAGAAUUUUGUUUCGUCAAAGCGCUUCAGAGAUACAAGCCAAUAAAAUAUUUGGCCGUGGCCCUUUUUUGCCUAUCAACCUUUAUCUUCUAAACGGGUCGUUCUUUAAAAAUGCGAACUUUCUGACUUACAAAAUAUUGAAAUGUUCAAUUCAGUACAGUUUAGUUUUUGCCCACAGAGUAAACAUUAGAAGUUAUUUUUGUAUGUUCAAAAUUCCAGUUUUUAACAUCGAUCAAGGGACAAAAUUUCUUUUUUUAAUUAUUACAUUUUUUUUAUUAUUUAUUUUAUGCUUUUUAUGCUCUUGUUAGGCCUUGCACUAAUGCUUGACCUGAGAAAAUAAACGUAAAUUACUGUAAAUGUCCUAUUUGAAAUCUUUUUCAUGGACAUGUUUGGCACCCUAUUUUGAUAAUGACCCAAACGCAAAGUCCAAACUUUACGAAACGUAAUAAACUUCGACAUUUUGAGGAUGCACACCAAAUAACGCACACUUAUGCCCAUAGGGGGUGCUAUAACUACAAAAUGUAAAAACUGCAACUGUUUCAUUAAGAAAGUUGGAAUUAGCAUGCAUCAUUUUUGAUUAUUGUGAUAACGUGUCCUUAAAAUUUUGUCGGACAAAUAAAAAUAAAUGGCCGCCAACUGCCAAUCAAAGCAGCGGAUAACUUCUGCUUUAAAAGUUACGCUCUAGGCGAGACGUUAGAUUGCUUGUUUACUUUGAAAGGCUUUUUUCAUCGAUGUUAUUGUAACCAUUUGUCAGUACUGAAAGUAUGUUGGUGGCACAUUUCGCUCAACAAAAACUCUCAUCCGGCACCCCCCUUUCAUUUUGCGCCCUUGGCAACCACUUAUGUCGCCUAUGCCACAAGUCCAGUGCCCCCAAAUCAUAUGCUCACUUUUUUUAUCUCGUCCUAGGCCGUUUGUCUGAUUCGCACGAAAUUUGGUACGUAUCAUCUAAAAAUGCUCCUGACAAAAUGUUAUCAAAAAUUUUGGGGAUUCGUUAAGUUGUUCGCCAAUAUGUUUUUGGGUGUGGUCCAUGAUGACGAAUUGCUCUGUAUCUUGUGAGCUCAGUAUUCAAACGUAACUAAAUUUGGUGCACAUGGACAACAGAACAUUCUAAGGUCGCAUGCCAAAUUUGAUAAAUUUCCGAUGCUAGCGGGCGCUAAGAAUGAAAAAAAUCCUAAUUGUGCAGCUGUGAUUAAAGCGGUUGAAAUUCGACACCAAAACGGCUGAUUGCGCAGGAUCUGCUGUCAGAUUUGGCUGUUUUGGUCAUGUUUUAUUCAAGGCAAAAAUAAUCCUAUUUCAGUUGUGAGCUUGCGGUCUGAAUUGGAUGAGAAAAAAGAGCAUCUACCGCGAAAUAACGCCAAAAACAACACGUCUUUCUGUUGCAUUGUGUUCGCUGUAUCUGCACUCAAACAUACAGUGUGAAUAGUGAAUGAACAAAUGACUCAUAUGAGCCAGUUCUUGUGCUGAAUCGCUCCAAAUGACUCAUAUGAGCCAGUUCUUGUGCUGAAUCGCUCCAAAUGACUCACGAGUUACGUUCUGAAUGGCUUGAAUCUCUGACUGAACACACUGAAUCAUCUGAAUGGCUAAACCGCAAGUCUUUCAGUCAUGAAACGAAGCAUUUUGUUUACUUAAAGGUUUGUAAAACAAAUCCGUAUACUUGUGAUAGAAUCGCUUACUUUCUGUGCAAAGUUAUUUAACUUCUUGUGAACCAGGACCAUUUUGUUUUUGUAAGACUAUAGUAAGACUGAUUUCAAUCAAACUUUAUUAAGCGUCUUCAUUUCUGAAACUGAACACUGAUGUGAUGUUUGAUCAGUCACAUGAAUGCACUAGGCAUCGUUUGAUAGGAUGAAGAUUUUACAUGUUUUUUUAAUGUGCCUUGAGGUGUUUUUAACUGAAUGAACCGCAUCAGUUCUGUGUCAUUGAUAAAACGUCUUGACCUUUAUGCAUUCGACUGUAAAUAGUGUACAAUAUAAAGAGCUGGUGAAAGUAUAUUUAAGAAUCAAUACGUUUGCUUCUGUCUUGUUUAAUUUAUUCCUGUACUGACUGCUGAUAUGCACGGUUGUAUUUACAUGAGAUGUUUUCUGGCAUGAUUUUGUUUGCAUGAGUUCUGUUUGUUUCUGUUUUCACUCACAGGUCUUUAGUGAUGAUUCUGCUGAUACUUAUGUGACUAUCAUAAGUUUAUGGAAAUGUUUGGGUUCAUUUCAUUGACAUUUUGCAGAUAUUUGUUGAUGCUGUUUUACUUUUCAUAACAUUUCAUUAAAGUUCAAAUUCAAGUUUA